AUGAGGGAUAGGGGGGCUCGAAGGCGACCGGACCCGCGCCGCAUGAUGGUCGGUAAGGCGCCAAAGGAUCAGGUGCACAUUGGGCUGUGCCUCCUUUACAGCGGAAGUGGAUUUCGUGGGUUGCAGAUUCAGGUCCAUGCCCCCACGUGCCACACCGUCGAGGGUAUGCUCAUUCAAGCACUGAAGGACACCGGAAUCAUCGCCGAUGUUGUCCGCGGACGGCCUGCCGGCGAGCACCACCACUUUGCCCGCUCGUGUCGCACCGACCGCGGCGUUCACGCGAUCCGAAAUAUGGUCUCCCUAUUCGUACCCAAAGAAGUGUUUGACAAAGUCGGACAGUCGGGCGGCAUCUGUGAGAGGCUCAAUAGGCGGCUGCCGGCCACGGUCCGCGUCGCGAGCGUUAUGCAGCUCUCCGGCAGCUUCAUCCCACGUCACUGCUGCAACCGGCGGGUGUACCGUUAUAUGCUCCCGCUCUAUGCGCUCUUGCCCCCGUGUGACACAUGGGCAGCAGUGGAGAAGUACUACUCCGGCUGCCUUGCCUACGUGCAAACACUGGCGAAGGAGGCGGUGGCAGCUCAACGAACUCAGCACGGUGUCCCGUACGUUGACUUAGAGAAGAUGAGCGCAGCGGAACCCUCCGCUGAUGGGCAGGCAUCGCAGUCGUCGUGGCUGCGGCACCUGCAGGCGAGCACAAAUCGGUGCAACCAGUUGCUGCGCUCGCACUUUACAGGCUCCCGCCGGUACCACAACUUCUCCGUCGACAUCGACUCGAACCGCUCUGGUGUGAGCGCGAAGGUCAUUCAGCCAGCAAGCGACGAGGCACUACGCGUCAUCUACCGCAGCGAAGUGUGUCCGCGGCUGUUCUUCUUUCCUUGCUCCAUCCAAGGCGGAGCUGGUGACGAGGCUCCAGUGCUGCUUCACGGCGAGAGCCGGAAGGAGUAUGACAUGAACCUCCUCCGGUAUCCACCACCAACGUCUGCUUUGAUGGAUGGUGCGAACGGCGACAGCCCCGUGGCCUCCGCGACGACGGUCUCCAGCGGCAGCAGCACCACCCCCACCACGUGCCUGCCACCCACCACGACAGUACUGCCGUUCCUUAUCUUUCAAAUUGAAGGCGAGUCGUUUCUACUCAAUAUGAUACGCAAGGUGAUUGGCUCGCUGCUGGCCGUGUGCCGCGGCGCUCGCGAGUCUAUCCUUGAAGAGGCACUUUCGCCUGAGCGGCGCGUCACCACCCCGCUGGCGCCGGGACCAUACCUGUACCUUGCUCAGUCCACCUACCACGGGUAUGACCGCUCCAUCGGUGGCGCCAACUGUUCAGGGCCACCUGGCCGCCUCACAAGGGUGCAGGACGCGUGGGGCGGCGCCGUUAGUGAAGCGGCGGAGUUGUUUGCAUUCCACAACAUUGCAGCAGACAUUGUGGACGUGGAUUUGAACGCGAUGCCGCCACUGGAUGACAUUCUCGCGGCGCGCGAUCGUGCGUUGAGUGCGAGUCGGCCGCACACCGUCGUCGAGGACGCGCACCUCAUCGAGAUGAGGGAGUACAGGUCAGUGCUUCCGACUCGCACUCCGUGGCCCGUCAGUAGUGAAAUGACGGUGUUCCUGCGGCUACUGCGUGUCCACAACUGGAGUGUGCGGCCUAUCCAGCUAGACCCCGACUGCAAGGCGCUGCGUGAAAUCAGGAAUAGAAAAGAGCGGGCAGCUGCCUCCUCCAUUGCCGCUGCCGCAUCACCGGGGGCCGAGGCAGUCGAGGCGAGCGAGGUGGAUGGAAACGAUACCAAGACGAGAGAGGCCACUGAGGAGCAGGCGGCUGCGCCUAUCGAUGACUUAUCGAAAGUACCCAGUGAAGGUGGUGGUAAGGGCAGUGUGCCCGAGAUUGGCGAGGAUGGUUGGGUGUACGUGGCAGGUACCCCCAAUGAGGCAUCAGCGCAGCGCCAAGCCUACUUUGCACGCUGUUGGAAGCGGGCUCGUCCCUGGGAGUACGACGACGAGACGGCGAAGUCCUUGACGGGAGGCAAACAUGUCCGCAUCGAGGGCGACGUCGAAGUUGGCGACGACAGUGUGGCACCCUGA